AUGAACACGGUUGGUGUCAAUCACGUUUCGUCGCAACCGAGCAAACGCCGCGACGGCGGCAGCGCCCGCACGGACGUUCUCCCCCGGACCAAACGGCACAAACCGUGCGCCGCCGCGAGUCCCCCGGUCGUUCCACCGGUACUGGAUCCACCCAAUUCCGCCCACACUCGCGUGGCACAACGGCAGAAAAUGAUUGCCAAGGGGAAAAAUACGGCCGGGUACGAUGCGUACCGUCGUCAGGUUCCGGUGGAACAACGUCGACCCCGUUCGAUGGACACGCCGUCGACGCCGGAUGUCCACCGGGACGUGCCGAACAAACGUUGGCAAGGAUUGGUACGAGCGUGGCGGGUUGCGUUGCACAAGUACGACCCUCAAGAUCUGGUCACUUCCUUGGAACCUUCGGUCACGACGACGGGUGGUCUCGCACGACCCGUGAGCGGUGGAUGCAACGAGACGGAGGCCACCCACGCCCAAUCCACGGCAUUGUGGACUCCCACCAAGGCGCAACAAUUGGAACGCGACGUGGCAACGGGCGUCGUGGUGGAUUUGCCUCCCGAAUGGCAAGGGACGACCGUGAGCCAAGGAUCGCCCCUUUCCAUAUACUCCAACGACAGCAAUCCCGGGCGGGAAUUGUCCUUUGACGAACCCAAACUGCAAUGGGGAGACGAGGAUAGUGACGACGAUUUCCUGUAAACGAUACGAAGAUUGCGGGCACGUCCACUACCGUACAGGUUAUCGUCGUGGUGGUACGCCCGUCUCGUCACAAGCGGUUUACUCCAUCCAAUCCACAAACACUGGUCCGUACAGAAAAAGCACAAAAAGUUACGAUUCGUUUGCGUAUAUAUAUAGUUUUACGUCUCCUCC